CUCUGUUUUCACCAACACUCCUCUAAACAGGAACCGGCCGGCUAGUUUAUGCCAUCCGGAAAGAUAUCCUGACGAGGGGAAGGGAAGAUCUAUCAGAACAAAGCGGACAUAUUUACAAUUCUACUGCUACACACAGUAGAAACCGGGAUUGUAUGUUGCGUUUCUGCAGUUUUUGGACUACGCUUCCUGUUUCUUCGCCUUGUUGCACUACAGGAGCUCUCAUUGUGGACGGCGCGAGGAUCCCUUCCUUUUGUGUGCUCUGCAGUUGUUUAUUCACACAACUUCUGCCUCCCGUUUUAGAUAAUUUAUUCAACAUUUAAUUGUUUUAGCCCAAACGGAAUGAAUGACAAAAACAAAGGAAGUUGAUGUCCACAACUCUCCGGCUCACCUCGUCUUUGCCUCGGCUAAGGAACGGAGGCUCCAUCUCCGGCAGAAGAUGGACAGUGGAGGCGGGGCGGAGGGCUCGGACAGCGGGCAGACACAGCACGCGGUGCCGGGGCAGCAGCAGCCAAUCCCUCGGCCUGAAACCGCGGAACUCUCUUCGGCGGUGUCUGCUAAGCCUUCAGGCCAGAAGAAGAAAUUAAACCGGGCUCCUUCCCCGGCCAGACCAAAGGAUGUACCUGGUUGGUCGCUCACCAAGAUCCGCGGAGGGAUUGGGACCCCGACUCUUAGCGUCAAGCCGGGAGGCAUUCACCUGGGCAGCCGCAUUUCCCGGCGCAGCCCCGUAGGAAGUCUCGCUGGAAAGGACGGUAAAGCGGAUAAGAGCAAACCUGCGGGCAAAUCUUCCUCAACUAUGUCUAAAACGGCCAAGGCAGUGAAAAGCACCGGGGGGCGCCGGAAGGUUUCGGACGCCAGCACAGGCUCCGACGAUUUAUCUAAGGACUCUGGCUGUGCCACCGGGAAGCUCUCCCCGACCGACAGUAGCUCCGAGCUCUCGGACUGCGCCUCCGAGGAAAACAAGCUCUCGGCCGACGCUGUGAGCAGCGACGCCGAGUCGAGGAGCAGCAGAGGUGGGGGGAUAGACGGAGACAAGCCGCUCAGGGAUGGCGUGUUGGCGGACAGAGCUAGUCAACAUGCCGCCACCAGGACCACCUGCUUCUCAUCGGAGAGGGACUACAAGGACCGGCUCUCCCUGGCCGUGGAGACCGGGGAAGGAAGCAUAUCCCCAGGAGAGGAGCGCUCGGUCACCUCGUUUGACAGCAGGGUGCCCGCUAGCACAUCCCUGGCUUUCUCAGACCUCACAGAGGAGUUUAUGGACGGCAUGCAUGAGGAGUUUGUACGGGAAAUAGAAGAACUGAGAUCUGAGAAUGAUUACCUCAAGGAUGAGAUGGAGGAGUUGAGGUCGGAGAUGCUAGAGAUGAGGGACAUGUACAUGGAGGAUGACGUCUACCAGCUGCAGGACCUAAGGCAACAGCUGGAACAGGCUAACAAGACCUGCCGCAUCCUGCAGUACCGGCUGAGGAAGGCAGAGCGACGCUCUCUGCGUGUGGCCCAAACAGGGCAGGUGGACGGAGAACUGAUACGAACACUGGAGCAGGACGUCAAAGUGGCGAAAGACGUGUCCAUCCGUCUACACAAGCAGCUGGACAGUGUGGAAAAGAAGAGGAGUCGCCACGAGCAGGAGAAUGAGGAGCUGCGGGUCCGCCUUCAGGACCUGGAGGUUGCCAAACAGGUCCUGCAGCAGGAGAUUGAGAAGAACUCCCAGAAGAAAAGAGGAGCACGACCCAACAACAAACCUGACAAGAAGCUCUGCCCACAGGAGGACAAUUCAGACCUGAAGUGUCAGCUCCACUUUGCCAAAGAGGAAUCAGCUCUGAUGUGCAAGAAGCUUACCAAGCUGGUGAAGGACAGCGAGGCCAUGAAAGAGGAGCUGGCCAAGUUCAGGUCGCUGUACGGAGACGUCAACGCCUCGCUCACCGUGGAGGAGGUUGCCGACUCCCCCCACACCCGUGAGGCGGAGAUCAGAGUCCACCUGAAGCUGGUGGAGGAAGAGGCCAACCUGCUGAGUCGACGCAUCGUGGAGCUGGAGGUGGAGAACAGAGGGCUCCGUGCUGAGAUGGAUGACAUGAAGCAAGAUGGCCCUCAGGACCUUACUGGUGUUGGCGGUGGUCUAGGGGCAGGUCUUGGCCUAGGAGGAGCCAUGGUUCUCGGGGGAGGGGCCUCGUCUGAAAACGUCAUGGAGCUCCAGAGACACCUCCAGUUUGUGGAGGAAGAGGCGGAGCUUCUGAGGAGGUCUCUGAUCGAGAUGGAAGAACAGAACAAACUCCUGAUGAACGAAAUCAACCGCUACAAAUCUGACCUCCCACCGCCCACGUCCUUGAUGUCGUCUAACUCAUUGGCAUCGCUGGCGGACGGGCUGCUCAACGACAGCCCAGUGCACUCCAUACAGGAAGGGGCGGUACUUAUCAGCACAGACGCCCCCGUCCAGGAGGAGGAGCUCAGACUGGCGAGGCUUCAGAUUGGAGAACUGGGCGGGAAGGUGAAGAAGCUGCAGUAUGAGAACCGUGUGCUUCUGUCCAACCUGCAGCGCUGCGAUCUGGCCUCCUACCACGCUCCUUCCUCCUCCUCCUCCUCUUCCUCCUCACUACGACUGGCUCUGGAAACGGACGCAGAGGCUGGGGACUCAGCUGAGUGCCUCCCAAGCCCGCCGCACCGCAAAGAGCCCGUCGGGGGUGAGACCGACGCCCUGGAGAUGAACGAGCGGAAAAAGAAGAUUGAGGACAACGCUGACGCAACCACCUCGCUCCCCGGGUACCUGGGCCUGAAAGACCAUGAUGCCUUGUUGGCCAUGAGGGACCAGGCUCGCUUAGUUUCCACAGCGAUACAGCUCCUGACCUCUCCCGAAUCCAACUGCCUCUCCUCCUCCCCCUCCAUCUAUCACAAGGUCUGCAGCAACGACGCAGCAGAGCCGUGUGACCUGGAGAAGCCUCACAGCCAGAUUUCCGAGCUGUCUGACCUGGCGGACCGGCCCCUGGUUGGUGCUCUGACCAGCAGGCUCCAGGCCCUGCACACGCAGCUCCAGGCCUUUGUGGAGCGGGUGGACAGCCAGGGGAAACCCCCCGCAGGUGGGAGGGACCCUGAGGUGGAAGGAGCGUCUCCUCUGGCUUCCCACUGCUGGGAGGAGCAGGAUGUGCUGAACAGUAUCAUGGAGAAGCAGCCUGAUUAUAGGGACCUAUCAGAGACCAAGCUGAAAGGUCAAACUGAGGAGGAGAGCCAAUCAGAUAGCCAGGAGACGCAAAAGCAGGAAGACAACCAGCUGGAACAGGGAGAGAAAGAGGCAGACGACACUCUGUCCGGUGAUAUCCAGGCUCAACUGUCCGAAGCAGAGCCGUCUCUGGGAACUCAGGGGGAGCAGGAGGAGGAGAGGCAGGCUCAGAGCACUCUGAAACUCAAACAGCUCCAGGAGGAGCACCAGAAGGCUCUGCUCCGUCGGGACUUCCAGUUGCAGAGUUUGGGCCUCCAGGCUCGGCUUCAGCAGAAGUUAUGGAGCCAGGAGAGGACUCUGCUGGGGCAGGAGUCCCAGCAUCUGAAACAGGCCCUGCUACUGCUCAGCCUAAAACUACGCUGCUUCCUCAAACAGUGGAGGCUGGGAUGCAGGAAGGACAGCGAGUGGAAAGACAUCUUGGAAAUGAACAGUCUAAGGGACCUUUACCUUCUGUUGGAGGAGGAGAACCUGACAAGCCCCGCCCACCAGACUGACAAGAGGGCCGCUCUAGACGAACAUCCUCUUAGUCCAACUAUCAAGUCGAGCGCAGUGAGCAGCACCUUGGCAGACCUGAAGGUGGCGCUGCAGGAUCUGAGCGGCGAGUUGCGACAGGAGAGACAAGGCUCCCAGGAACUCACCCAGCAUAUCGCAAAGGCCAAGGCAUCAUGGGAGGUGGAGAGGACCGAACUGAAGAGCCUCAUCACACAGCUGGAGACCAAAGCAGGCAAAGCUCUGUCUGCCACAGAUGCACCAGAUCCUCCAGACCUGAAGGUGGCGCUGAAGAGGGAGCGUGAAGAACACCAGCACCUCCUGGCUGACUCCUAUGCAGCUGUGAUGGACCUAACCAAACAGCUUCAGCUCGGGGAGAGGAACUGGGGCAGAGAGAAGCUGGAGCUGCUGGAGAGGCUGAGCCAGGAGCGAGCUCAGUGGGAUCAGAGACUGCUAGAGGCCACGGCACAACAGGGGAAGUCAAAGUCAUUAGGCGGCGAGUCCUCUGCGGACACAGGAGUCACUAAUGGAACAGGAUCACCAAGAGCCAAAUCCACAUCAGAGCUGGAUGGUGCAGAAGUCAACGAAUCAGCCAAUCAGGAGCAGAGGAUCAAGUUUGUAGUCCCACCGCUUGGUGACCUGACCAGUAAGAAUUGGACCUACCUGACCAAUGAGACCCCGGAGGUUGGGGACAGCUGUAAGACCUGGGAUGGCCCCAGUGGCUCCUGCAGCAGCUUGGUGGGAUCAGAGCUGGAUCUGGAGUCUGUCCAGAGGAGCUACACUGCUCCGGACCGCACCAGCAUCCGGAUCUACUACAGCCCUCCUGCUGUACGACACAUGGAGCACCACAGGAGGAGCCAGGAGGCCAAAGAGCCACAGCAGGCCCAGAACGGGAGCUCUGACCUGGGACUGGCGGGCCCAGACGCUGACAUGGCUGCGGUGGAAACCAUUCAGAUUCAGCAGCAACAACCUUCAUCCUCCUUCUCGUCCUCCUACGAGCAGUGGCUGAGCUCGCUGUCCAAGCAGCACAGGGAGCUGCUGGAGAGCAGAAGUGGCUCAAUCGUCGGUUCGAUCCCCAACAACAGUAGUUCAGUUGAUGGGAUGACACCCUCGACAGCUUUCCAUGGUCUGGAGAUCGGGGAGAUUUCAGCAAACUUGAGUGAUGACAUGAAGGAGAUGACCAACUGUGUCCGCCAGGCUAUUCGCUCUUCCUCUCUGGAGAGGAAAUCCACCAAGGAACCCGGAAGCCAGUCGACGGGCAUGUCCACCCGUGCCACGCAGACUGCCGCACAGUACGCAAGCGUCGGGCUUCAAACCGACAUUCUUCCCAGCAGCAGGGGGACGGGUUUACACUCCAAAUCCUGGUCACCUCGCCCCUCGCCGACAACCAGCUCGCUAGCAUCCGCCAGAACCCGGCAGAUAUCCACCUCCCUGGACAAAGUUCACAGCCGUAUUGAUAGGCCAUGCUGUUCACCAAAGUAUGGAUCCCCGAAACUACAACGCAGAGUAUCUUCUGGCUCCACUUCCAGAUUAGAUGGGAGUACCUCCUCCAGGGACCGCAGCCUGUGGAGCCUCCAGCAAAGAUCCAUGAGUGGAGGCGGAGGCUCUGCCUGGGCUCGCUCCACCACCACCCGGGACAGCCCCGUCCUGAACGGCCUCAAUGACGGCCUCUCCAGCCUCUUCAGUGUAGUGGAGCAUACUGGAAGCACAGAGUCGCUCUGGAGGGGCGACGGAGGAGCCAGUCCAGCACGGCAGCCUCCUGCAGCGGGGAAACCCACUGCUGUGUCAGUCGCUGUAUCUGACCCAGGCCCUCAGCGGUACGGAGGCCUGGUCCAGGAGUUCUUCAGGAACGUCUGCAGCAGCCGUGGCCAGGGAGGAGUCGCCUUGCCUGUGGAGAGACCGCUAAGAGACUCCAAUGGCAGUCUCGGAGGUCCGAGUGUCUUGGGCAGUUUUGGUGGCAUUGAUGAACCUAAACCAGAGUGUGUGUUGGCCGGGGUUGGAGGAAUUGCUGCGCUGAACGGAAGCAACGACAAUGUGACCCGGAUCGUCAAUAAGAGGUUUAUGAGACAGACAGCCGGAGAGGAGAUGAUCAAUAUCAUGGGAGGAGGAAAGGAAAUGAUGAGCAACACGGGGGCUGCGGGAUCUGCAACCGAGGAUGCACCUUGUGACUGUGCUGCCCAAUCUUCCUGCCCCUCCCGACCAUCGAGAGCAACAACACGCCAUUCACUCGGCCAGUGCAAGCACCGCCCACAAGAGUCUCCUGCCUCACCAGAGGAGAAGAGUGACACCUGCAACGAGUGACAUCACUUCUACUGCCACAUCUAAAGACACGCGACACACACGCACAACCAUCCUGAUUCUUCACAAACACUGUACUCCACUGCCAUAAAAUCCCACUUUUUAUCACAAUAGCACGUACAUACACACCUCCAACCUGCCACAAAGGUGCACUGCCAAACAUUACACACACUACUAGCACAGACUGCCCCACAAAGCCACUGCCACCUCCACACAACAUCCACUAACACAUGACCCAGGCAAGUAUUUCACUUGUCUUGGACUGUACCAUUCUGAUGCCAAGGACAGGGAGGACUGAAACUCCGACCCAGCAACUGGUCCAACCAUCACAAAACUACCAGCAGGGCAUAAAACAUAAACACACACAUUUAUAGUCUGACACAUUUAACUCAACAAGAGCAACUCUACAAACUUAAAAGAGUCUAACAGGUAAAAUGAUGAUGUCCGGAAUGGAUUUACUAACCCCCCACCACCCCCAAUUUACAGAAUGACAGGUAAUGGUCAGUUUUGGACUGGAAAAUUCACUUUGAUGACAUCAUCUUGCCACCAUAUUGAUAAACAAGCAGCCAUGAGGGAUUUAUAGAUAAGCAAGAAAAAGUGUUGGAAACCAUCAGUUAUUUGGUGGAAAUCUCCAAUGAUAUCUCUCUGAACUUUGGCAUUUAUGCUUUGCCAGGAGAAUCAAUUAAGACUUUUUGAUUGAUUAACACAAUAACAUUCCAGCAAGUGACUCCAAUGUAUCUGAAAACGCCACCUCUUGAAGACAUCUGCUCCAGUUGUAUAGUGGUCAAGUGUUCUCUUAUCACAGUUGUCUGCAAAUGGACGAACUGUACUUCUAUUUUAAUGCAGAUCCCAGCAUGACCAGACUUGGACUUUAUUGAUCGAUGUUUGGAUUUAUGAGCUCUAUAAAGGCUGAUUUGAGACGACUUCCUAAGAUUGUUGUUUGGUAACAGACCUUCACAAAAAGCAAAGCUUCUCAGGCUGGUUUAGUUUUAACUUUCCAACGUGUUCCCAGAAUAGCUUUGGCCAGAAAUACGGGGAUGUUGUGUGGCAUUCUAGCCAUGGCCUAAAUCUUUUACAUGUAAGAAUAAUUCUUUCAAACGUGUUACACUCCAGACUUUGAUUGAGAACAUGAUUUUGGAAUUAACCUCUUACACCAGGCAGAAACUGCCGUUGGUUUGAUAUUUUUUUAGGAUAUUGAGAUUCCUCUUGAAACCAUUGAUCUGACAAAUGCUGUCCUACAGCACAUUACAAUUGGUUACACUUUCUGAUCAACUGCAAGUUUAACCAUAAACCCAAUCUGUGAUUUAGUCAAUCAAGAUUUUGCUUGGCAUUGGAUAGAGAUGCACUGAUAUCACUUUGUUUCAACAUAAAGUACCAGUUUUUCAGAGUGCCUCAACUAUUACUUUGGGUUAUGCUACAUAAGUCCAAACCAAAAAAUGAAAUGUAUUCCAUUUCUGUAGAAAUAGUACAGAAAAAGAACACUGAAUGUUCAUAUCACACAUGGCUUUCAGAAGGUUUUAAUAACAAUAAUAAUAGCCACUUAAUAUACUUGAUAGCCAUCAACUUUAUGUGUGCAUUCCUACAAUCUGUGCUACAUGGGAUCAGAUAUAAAGUGUGUCAAAAUUCAAAUUUCUAAUCUACCAUCAUUUAGAAACGAAUGUUUAUUCAUUCUAAACAGUGUCCAAGGAGAAUUCAGUCAAUGCAUUCCUUUUAUCAUUGUCUUUCUCAGAUGUGUGUUUUUCUUUUUAUGUGCAUUUAAUGAUUACAUUUCCAGCAAUCUGGUAAAGUGCAUUUCUAGGUCUACUAAGGAGAUAGUUAAAACGUUCUCUUCAAUCUUCUCUCACACAUUAUUGUCCUUGUGUUGUAGUACUAGACAGACGGCGGACCUACUGUACGAAAUCUAUUUGCAGUGAAAAUGUAGCAUCAUAAUGUAUUCUUGGUUAACGACAAGCUAAGAGCUGUGACUGUCCAUCUGCAGCCACAGUAGUAGUCACUGAAAGUUUUUACUUUACUUAAUUUAUUUAUUUGGUAUUUUCAAAUUGUAAAUGUAUACCCUUUACCUACAUGGCAGUCGAAUCCAAUAAUAUAUCUUUAAGUAGGCUCUCUGCACUCUCCAAAGAAAAUAUGGGAGAGAAAUAAAAGGCUGAAAAAUAAAUACCAUGACAACAGACACAAAAGGUAUUUUGGUGACUUAAACCCUAGAAAUACAGUUAACUGAAAACAAUCAUAUUUUAUUCUCUUAUCUCUUUGUUAUCCAAGUAGUUAUAUUUCUAGUCCAUAAACAGAAGUGCCUGUCAGAUUACCUAUCACACAAAUCUGGACUCCAUGUAAAGACAUAAAACAAACCAAGCAGGUUUUUUUUUUAUGGAUAAAAUUGUUUUUAAUCACAUAAUUGCGAUCAUGCUGUAUUAAAGCUACAAUGAAGUACUGUACCACAGUGCAAGGACAAAAUGGUUUACAGGUAAGGAGGAUAAAGUAAACAUGUAUGGACUUUUUUUUAUACCAUGAGUUAUUCACUUCUGCAAAUUAAAUAAUAUUUUUUUUGUGUUUAUUUUAUAUGGAUACUUUUGCUGAUUUAUUAUGCUAAUCUUUCUAUUCUUUCUAUUUAGUUAUCAUGGUGCUACUUUUUGUAUAGUCUGCUGUGAUUUAUUUGAAUAUGUCCUUCCACUGUCUGUGUAUGAGCUAAAGUCCAGCAUUUCUCCUUUUCUGCACACCAUUCAAUGAAUCAGCAGUUUAAAAUGAGGUAUUACAGUAACGGUGCAAAUAACACAGUGAGGAAAACCCACAGCCUAAAUGCUACUGUCUGUCUCCACUCUGGCCCUUACUAAUGGUAGAAAAACAACCGUCUGAAACCAGUCACUGCUUCAAAAGCUUCUUGCCACAGGAAUAGACUGUCUGAUUUUGUACCAAAAUUAUACAGGUUGUUUUAGCCAAGAAAUCUCAUAAAAUCAUAUAACCUCAUUUAAGACUUUCAUGUGACCCAAAAGAACAAAGUUUAGAGGGUGGAGUACACAUUCAUUCCGUUCUCCAUUUCACAAUAAUAUUUUUCAAAUGAAUAACCACAUCUGGUGUGAUCAUGGAAGAGAAAAUAAUUGAUACGCUAAAACUUAGCUCGCUAACAAGCUAACAUGUUCACUUUGCAAAUCAGCUACAGUGGCUUGCCAACAUUUUUUUCUGCUCAAUGUACCAUCUUAAAACAUAAUCCACUUUGCUGCCCCUCAAUAUGUUGGCUAUGUUUUCACCAAUGAUAUAUUUAACUAUUUGGCUACAUUUUCUCCCUGUUUGGCACUAACAAAGUUAGCUGUUUGCAUUUGCUACCCACAGCUAUGUAUGCUAACACAGUCGAUGAGGUCUGGCACACUGAAUCAAACCUAAAAACAAACCAUUUACAUCAGUUGUAAUGAUGCAAUGAUACAUUUCAAAUGUUUGCAAGAAUUAGACACUAAUGCCAAAGCUAUUUCCACAAAGUAAUGUCAAGACAGCAUUUAGCUGACAAGCUACACAACAUGCUAUACUUAAACUGUUAUCCAUGUUUACUUUCAGAAAAAGUUAUUUACUGUCAUUGUAAGAGAGAAAUCACAAAUAACCCAAUACUGGGCUGCCAGAUCUUUGCCAAAAAUCUCAGAAUACAGUAAAGCAAAACCCCCCCAAAAGCUUGUGAAGUUGACACACAGUAGAGAGUGCCACUGCAGUCCAAUACUGGCUCAGUCGUCCCACAGUCUCUUCCACGGAUGUUAACCACAGAACGAACUUGUAUCACACCCUAAUAUUAGGCUUUGCACCAUUCCUUCUUUUUGGAAACAAUGCUGAGUCUGGACUGAGUCUUAACCGUUUAUCAAUUGCUGAUCAAAACAAUCAAUGGGACUUAAUGGGAAAUAUACCUACAAAAAAAGGACAAACCUGGAAAAUUUAUAUUUUAGAAAAUACACCAAUGAAAGUUAUUAGAGAAAUUGUGGCAGCAUUUACCAAAAAAAACGUGUCAUAUUGAUCAUUUAUAAUUUCAGUAUAAAUAUUUAAUCAGUGAUUUUAGUGUAGAUCUUUUCAGUUCCUGAUGUGGCCAACUCAACAACAUGGGAGAGACUAAUGUUGUGCAUCAACCUUUUAAACAUAUUUGGUUUCAGUCCUGGGACCUCAUUACUGUCAUAAUUUAUCCUCAAUGUUAUUGAUAAGGUCACUUUGUGCCUUUUCUCUGCAAAGAUGUCUUGGUUAAUUAAAACUCUUAUUUUUCUGCAAAUCUUUUCCGACAACUCAGUACAAACUGCAUGAUGAUUAAUUACAACUGGAGUUAAGAUCGUCAUUAUUAUUGUUUUGCAGUAGGUAUUUACUGCUAUAUGUUUACAUUAAUCUUCAAUGGUUGCUCAUCUAAAUACAUUUUGACGGACAAUACGUGUUGCAAGCCAAUAAGGGAUCUCAGAUUGAGGAGAACAGAAGGCUAUACCUUUUAUAAUUAGCUUUGCUUCAUUUUUGUGUAACCAGGCCUCUAAAUUGUUGAAAUGUGGACAGAGGUUAUGCUUUGGUCAAAUGUUUUAGCCAACCUCCAGUGUUUGUUUUUCUGCUGAUAUUGCUGACUGGAGCAAAGCCCUGUGUUUUAGACUCUUGAUACACUAGACUGUUCCAGCACAUGUUCAGGUUGUGGUGAAACUGCCACUGUUGUUUUGAUACUGGGUUCAUGUCAUAUUAGGCGCAAAACACCAUGGAACAAUGCCUAAUGUUUUUAACUUAUAUAAACAGAUAUGGAUUAGUCUAUGUUAAUAAACCUCCUCCUAUAAAACAUCAGAUGUGACAUAUCAUAGCUGGAAAUGCACCUCAGAGCUCCAACUGGUGUUUACUACAAUACAGAUGUAUUUACCUGCAAUUACUAUAAAGAUGAGGUGGCGCAGUCAGCUUAAGACUCAAAUCUUUCUCUGACUCUGAUGUCAUUGGUCAGUUCUGUUUCUGCCUCUCCAGCCUUUUCACCUGCCUGCCAGGUGUUACAUUUGCUCUUCCCCCUCAGGUUAUAAGUACUAAACAUGGCAGCCAAUGAAAGACAGUUAUACCGUUCACACAGCAUCACCAGCCAAUGACGGAUCAGUUCUUACAGGUUGCUUGGCACAAACCAUGAGUGUCAUUAUUAUCCUGUAAGCCUGUUUAAAAAAGCAACAUGAACCUUUCAGCCUUUUUUAACAUGUGUCCAUACCAUUCAUAUGAUUACUACAUCUUGGAAAUAUGUAAAUGGAUUUUUAUCUGUUCAUAAUGUUAGCUAAACAAUUAUCUAGAGACUGCCUGUAUAUUUGCAUUAUAUAACCUGCUCUCUUUUUUUUUUAAAUAACGCUUGUUUCUUGAAUAAAAGACAAUGCAAUGAAAGACAAAUAAAACGAGUACACAGUAAGGACAUAUUCCCCCUUGUAUUGCAAUGUUAAAAGAAAUUUUAGGUUUUGUACUCUAUCCUUUUGUUUCUUUGAGAAAAGCUGAAUGUCAACAGCUGAUCUGAACCAGGUCGCUGUGGAAGUAUGUAGCUCUCCAUUUAUAGACCACACUUGAGCAUUUCUUCUGUACAUAGGUGCGUUUUGAAGAUCAUAAAAAACUAAUAAAGUUGGAAAAGAUUAAAUGAAUAGAAUGAAAACAUUUGAUCCAAGUAGAUUUUUAAAAAAGGUUGGGGAUUUUUGUUUUUUCCAAUCAAUGUAGCUUGUAAAACAAAAUAUUAUAACUGCCUCCUGUUUGUCAUAGAAUUCACAAAUAAAUGUUUGUUGGAAUUUA